CACCUGGCGGCGGCGGUGGUCUGGGAGAAAGAAAUCCGGCGGCGGGGAGAGAAUCCUGCCGGGAGGCAGGGGGAAAGGCUAGCUGCCCCGCCUCCCUCCGCCAGAUUUCUUCGGGGAAGGAGCCGCCCGGCACCCGCCCCCAACUGGCCCAGCCGCGUGGGGCGUCUGGGAGCCCGAGAAGCAGCCAACCUGCCGAGAUGGAGGCGGCGGGCACCUGGGCGCUGCUUCUGGUGCUGCUGCUACUGGUGCUGACGCUGGCGCUGCCUGGGACCCGGACGCGAGGCCACCUGCCCCCCGGGCCCACGCCGCUGCCGCUGCUGGGGAACCUCCUGCAGCUCCGGCCUGGGGCGCUGUACCUGGGGCUCUUACGGCUGAGUAAGAAGUACGGACCAGUGUUCACCGUGUACCUGGGACCCUGGCGGCGCGUGGUGGUCCUGGUUGGGCGCGAGGCUGUGCAGGAGGCCCUGGGAGGUCAGGCCGAGGCGUUCAGCGGACGGGGUUUGGUGGCAACACUGAACGGAACCUUUGAUGGCCAUGGGGUUUUAUUCUCUAAUGGGGAGCGAUGGAGGCAGCUGAGGAAGUUCACCACGCUGGCCCUGCGGGACUUGGGCAUGGGGAAACGAGAAGGAGAGGAGCUGAUCCAGGCGGAGGCCCGGUGUCUGGUGGAGGCGCUCCGGAGGACCAGAGGAUCGCCUUUUGAGCCCUCACUGCUGCUGGCCCAGGCCACCUCCAACAUUAUCUGCUCCCUCGUCUUCCGCCUCCGCUUCCCCUAUGACAAUGAGGAGUUCAAGGCCAUGGUCCGGGCGGCUGGUGGCAUCGUCGUGGGGGUCAGCUCCCCGUGGGCCCAGACCUACGAGAUGUUCUCCCGGCUCCUGCAGCACCUCCCGGGCCCCUACACGCAGCUCUUCGGCCAACUGCGCACGGUGGCUGCCUUCGCUGUUCAGCAGAUACAGCGGCACCAGAGGAGCCUGGACACCUCAGGCCCCGCACGCGACCUUGUGGAUGCCUUUUUGCUGAAGAUGGCAAAGGAGAAGCAAGACCCAAACACAGAAUUCACUGACAAGAACUUGCUGAUGACGGUCGUUUACCUGUUGUUCGCCGGGACGGUGACAGUCAGCACCACGAUUCGCUACACUCUCCUGCUCCUGCUGAAAUAUCCUCAGGUCCAAGAGCGUGUGCAGGAGGAGCUGACACGGGAGCUGGGGCCCGGCCAGGCGCCAAGCCUGUGGGACCGAGCCCGCCUCCCCUACACGGACGCGGUUCUGCAUGAGGCGCAGCGGCUGCUGGCUCUGGUACCCAUGGGACUGCCCCGAGCCCUCGUCAAGACCACCCGCUUCCGGGGGUACACCCUGCCCCAGGGCACGGAGGUCUUCCCCCUCCUUGGCUCCAUCCUGCAUGACCCCGAGGUCUUCAAACAGCCUGAGGAGUUCAACCCAGGACGAUUCCUGGAUGCAGACGGAAAGUUCAAAAAGCACGAGGCCUUCCUGCCCUUCUCCUUAGGCCUUCUCGCUGGGGAACCCAUGCCCACCGGGUGCCCUGAGCCUCCAGCCAGCCGUCAGUGGCCUUUUCAACAUCCCUCAAGCCUUCCAGCUGCAAUUCCAGCCCCGCUGACCUCUACCCCACCCCACUGUGUGGACCGGAUGAAGAAGGGAAACUUGGGAGGUGGUAGCCUUGGCGGUUGCCAUGGACAUGGCUGUGUCUCCUGAGCCACACGUCUACACCACAGGCAGCCACAUUCGCACACCUGUAGCUGUUUUCUAGAGUCGGUCACACAUACAUUCAGCCUACACAUCCACAGGGUCAUCAGCCCAUGCAACCACACACCCAGACACACCCACGAGGGCCACAAGGCAACUCGGCCACGCAACUUUCUACUGACAUAAAUUUAGUCCAUCUGGAAUCACAACCACAUGCCCGGAUAACCCACCAACUCAUACACAGCACAGCUCCCCUGGACCCACAACCCACGCGUGGGGAUUCAGCUGCCACCUUCACAAGCCACGGAAACAGCCACAGUGUCUGCAGCCCACGUGCCUUCUUAACUCAUCAAACUUACCAGGGCCACCGUCUCUGGAAGCCAAAGCAGAAAACAUGCCCCACGCCAGGUCAUGUCACCACACAGAGACCAUCUCUGUCCUCAGCCCUCGAGUGACCGUACCGCUAUCCAGGCCUAAGACUGUCGACAUCCACAUGCCCCCAACCACUGAACCACACAGCCAGCCCAUGUGGGACACCCGCCCACCUCCGGGGUAUCUUCCCGCUAAGAUAUAUGACUCCCACGGAGGCCCAGUCCUGGCCUCCUCCUCACCUUCAGCCCUCAAGGGCACCCCUUUCCAGGCAGCCUGAUCCCCCAAAUGCUCCCAAAUACAGACACACCCCAGUGUGCAAUUGUGCACAAGCCUGGGGACAAAGUAAACUUGGACAUACGUGGAAACUCAGAUCAGGGGAACACACACACACACACACACACACACACACACACUCCUCCCCUGCUCCCCCCACCCGCCUCCAGUUAGACCCAGUGGAUGGAGCCAGAUUCCAACUCCCCGUUUCAGGGAAGAGGCCAGGUCUGACGUCCUUGUGCCUCGAAGGUCCCCAUUUUGCAAUAA